AGUUUAUUAAUGCAUAAUCAAUGUUUAAUUUGGUUAACUUUAUUACAACUUUAAAAUGAUUGACGAUAAAAUUUAUGUUGAUCAUUGCGCAAAAGAUGACGCAAAUCCACUUCUUCUUCUUCCUCAUUUUUCUUUGUUUCCUCCGGCAAUCUUUAUCCUCACCUUCGCCGUCACCGUCGCCGUUAAAUUCAACGUUCUCAUUUCCUAACGAAGCUCUCCCUACAAAAUCCGGCUACCUCCCUAUCAACCCCAAAAGCAAAUCCGCCAUUUUCUACACUUUUUACGAAGCUCAGAACACUUCUCUACCCAUCUCUCAAACCCCUCUUAUUUUCUGGCUUCAAGGCGGCCCCGGCUGUUCAUCCAUGAUCGGAAAUUUUCUUGAACUCGGCCCAUUUCGAGUUGUUGACUCUUUGAUUCUCGAGAGAAAUUUCGGUUCUUGGAACCGUAUUUUCGGUCUGGUUUUUCUUGAUAAUCCAAUCGGAGUUGGGUUCAGUUUCGCUGCUGAUCAGGCUGAGAUACCUAAAGAUCAACACUCUGUUGCUGAACAUCUUUUUGGUGCUAUCACUGAGUUUCUCAACUCGAAUACCGAGUUCAAGACUCGCCCUGUUUAUAUUACCGGCGAGAGUUACGCCGGCAAAUAUGUUCCGUCGAUUGGGUAUUACAUUUUAGAGAAGAACACGAAGUUACAACGGUCAAAAAGAGUGAAUUUGAAGGGUGUGGCGAUUGGUAACGGUUUAACUGACCCGGUUACUCAGGUGAAAACUCAUGCUGACUCAGCGUAUUAUUCCGGUUUGAUUAAUCAAAGGCAAAAAACCGAGUUAAAAGAAGCUCAGUCUAAGGUGAUUGAGUUUGUUAAGUUAAGAAAUUGGAGUGAGGCUACGAAUGCUAGAAAUAAUGUGUUGAAUUUGCUUCAAAACAUGACUGGUUUAGCCACUUUGUAUGAUUAUACAAGAAAAGUGCCUUAUAAAACUAGUUUAGUUACCAAGUUGUUACAAUCAGUUGAGGUGAAGAAGGCGUUAGGCGCGAACGUAUCGAUGAUUUUCGACGAAUGUAGUAAAAUAGUGGGGGAGAAACUGCAUGAAGAUGUGAUGAAGAGUGUGAAGUUUAAGGUAGAUUUCUUGGUUAUGAAGAUUAAGGUGUUGUUGUAUCAAGGGUUGUUUGAUUUGAGAGACGGCGUCGUUUCGACGGAAGCUUGGGUUAGGACUAUGAAAUGGGGGGAGAUAAAGAGUUUUCUGAUGGCUGAGAGGGAGAUUUGGAAAGUGAAUGGUGAGGUUGCUGGGUAUGUGCAGAAAUGGGGGAAUUUGAGCAAUGUUGUGGUUUUAGGAACCGGACAUCUUGUGCCGACUGACCAGGGGUUGCAUUCUCAGGCUAUGAUUGAGGAUUGGGUUCUGGAUAAAGGGAACUUUGCUUGGAGGAAAUAUUCUGAGUCUGCAUCAGAAUAGCUAACAGUUUAAGCUCUUGUUGUACACGGGUUUAGGAAGUUUUUUUUGUACUAGUGUUGUGUUGAUGUAUCAUGUAAUAAAAUCUGAUGAUUUUUAAGCACCUGCCAAUACGUUACUAUCAAA